AUGGAGUGCCUCGUCUUCUCCCUGCUACUACUGGCUGUCUCUACCUCAGGGCAGCUAUGUCCCAAGCGUUGUAUGUGCCAAAACAUAUCACCAUCACUUGCUAUACUCUGUGCCAAGACGGGGCUGCUCUUUGUGCCCUCCAUCAUCGACCGGCGAACAGUGGAACUCCGUCUCACUGAGAACUUCAUCACGACUGUGAGAAGAAAGGACUUCGCCAACAUGACGAGUCUCCUGCACCUGACACUGUCGCGCAACACCAUUAGCCACAUCAUGCCUUAUACCUUCGCCGACCUCAAACGACUGCGCGCGUUGCAUCUGGACAGCAACCGCCUUGGUGUAAUCAUUGACGACCACUUACGAGGUCUUACCAACUUGAGGCACCUUAUUCUUGCCAACAACCAACUCUAUAGCAUAUCACCACACGCAUUCGAUGACUUCUUGGGAACCCUUGAAGACUUGGACUUGUCCUACAAUAACCUGGUGGACAUCCCUUGGGACACGAUUGGAAGGCUCACCAAUGUAAACACCCUCAAUAUGGACCACAACCUUAUAGAGCAUGUUCCUUUAGGAGUGUUUUCCAACCUACACAAGCUGGCACGGCUUGACAUGACAUCCAAUAAACUGAAAAAUAUUCCCCCUGACCCUUUGUUCUUGAGGAUACCAGUUUACGCCAAGUCAAAAGGCUCUCCUUUGUCCUCGCUUGUUCUUAGCUUUGGAGGAAACCCACUUCACUGUAACUGUGAGCUCCUCUGGCUGAGAAGGCUUACCAGAGAGGAUGAUCUUGAGACGUGUGCCUCACCUCUUGAUCUUUCAGCCAAAUAUUUUUGGACGAUCCCAGAGGAAGAGUUCAUCUGUGAGCCUCCUGUGAUCACAAAGCGGUCCUUCAAGACUUUUGCAAUGGAGGGUCAGCCAGCUAGUCUAAAAUGCAAAGCCAACGGCGACCCAGACCCGGAUGUUCACUGGAUUUCUCCUGAAGGUCGUCUCCUUUCCAACACCUCUCGCACUCUUACCUUCAACAACGGCAGCCUAGAAAUAAACAUCACCUCUCUAAAAGACGCAGGAAUAUUCACUUGUAUUGCAUCUAAUGCGGCUGGGGAGUCGACAGGCACAGUGGAACUUGUGGUCACACCACUUCCUCACCUCGCCAACAGUACUAAUCGUGUCCGGGAACCUGACCCGGGACCAUCUGAUAUUUUAAACUCUGUCAAGUCUACCUCGUCUUCUAGCAAUGAAACAAGAAUGAAUGAGAAGAAGACGGUACUUGUGGAGCUAUCUGCAAACUCUGCUCUUAUUAGAUGGCCUUCACAGCAGCAUUUUCCUGGGAUCAGGAUGUACCAGAUUCAGUACAACAGCUCGUUAGAUGACACUCUGGUCUACAGGAUGAUACCAUCUACAAGUAAGGACUUCCUGGUGAGGGAUCUGAUGUCUGGGCGUGAGUACAACCUGUGCGUCCUGGCCAUGUACGACGACAUCCUGACAUCUCUUACUGCUACACGCCAGGUGGGCUGCGUCACAUUCGUCACAGAAACAGAAUACAGCCAGUGCCAGAUCCUGCAAAGUCACUUUCUGGGUGGCACCAUGAUCAUCAUAAUCGGCGGCAUCAUUGUCGCCUCUGUGUUGGUCUUUAUCAUCAUCCUUAUGAUCCGCUACAAAGUCUACAGCCAACACGGGGCUGCUAAAGGGAUUGCCAUGAGCAACAGUCGCUUACAGACCAACGGAAGAGGGCAGACGCCUGGGCAAGUGCCACACUCGGGUUCCAAAGUCUCCGAGAGGCAUGAGGAGGCUCCUUCCUCCCUGAAAGACUGCUCUGCUAUGUCUUUAGCUGUGGAUUGUGACAAAGCGAUGCAGAUCACAGAGGCCAGCAGUGAGGGACUUGGGUCAACAUUGCAUAAGCCCGUCUCCAGGAUUUGCACAGAGCAAAGAAGGAGAAGCUCGCUGUCUUCUAUUGAUAUGACCACCGCUGUGGAAGGAAACACAGCGGUCCAGAAGGUCAGCAAUGAGAAGAACGUUCCACGAGAUUGGACUGGUUUUAAAAUUUGAUGACCUACCCUGCUGUCC